AGCAGACCGGGCUGUGCCGGUGAUGCUACCCAACGCCCCCGCGCUGAGCAGCAGAUACACAGAGCAGAGGCUGAGCGAGGAGCGGACCGGGCUGGGGACCAGGAGCCCCACAUAAGCUGCACAGAAGUGCAGAAAGAGGAGGAGGAGGAGCGGCUGUGACGUGUUGCUGCUCGAAGAAAAAAGUUGUAUUUGUUCGGGAAAGACGGUCGGAUACAAACAUCACAUUAAACGCUGGAGGAAAUGCUGCUGUACGGCCGGGGCUGGGAGAACAUCUUCACUUUAGGGUAAAGAAGACACCCAGAGGAGAGUGAGGUCCUGGGAUGAGAGCUCUUUGCCAUUCCACCAUUUCUCCCAGACCUCCAGGAGGAGUACGCUGGGUGACACACUGAGAGUUCGUGGUGUGUCUGACACAGUCAGGCUGCCAUGGCUCUGGUUCAGGCACUACCUGUGAGUGACCAUCCCAGUCCAGGUCUUGACAUCCAGCAGUGCCGGCCAUUAUCGUCCCACUCCCCUUCAGCUCCCUGCUCGGGCCCCUGCGGGCCGUGCAGCUCCGAGACAAUCAUGGGUUCAGUCAGCAGUCUCAUAUCAGGCCGGACAUACCAGGAGAAGCACUGCAGGGCUGCCAGCGAGUUCACCACCAAGCCACGGCGCUCCACACCGGCGACCAGCUGCUUCAGGCUUCAGGAUAAUACCCUGCGCAGUGGCAGCUCUCUAGAACAACUGUUGGUUACCAGCAGCCACACCCAGCCUCAGGCCCAGCUUCUGCCGCCCCCACUCCCCACCAAGAAGCAGCCACGGCCUGGAAACUCUGCUGGGACUGGUGCAGGUGGAGCAGUCGCUGGAGCAGUAGGUGAUUGCACUAAUGGGAACUUUGGAUAUGUGAGUGAUGAAGUGGUGGUUGGGGACUGGAACGACAACCUGGUGCUCACAGUUGCAAGCCCCUGCAGCGACUCUGAGGACCAAAGGGACAGCAGGACUUUGAACGGAAACAUCAGUGGGCCUCCCCCAAAACUGGUCCCAGUGUCUGGACAGCUGGAGAAGAAUAUGGAGAAAGUGCUCAUCCGUCCUACAGCAUUCAAGCCUGUGGUUCCCAAGAAUCGUCACUCUGUGCACUACCUGUCACCACGGCCAGGAGGCAGCACUCUGUCCGAAAGCCAGGCCAGCCUCAACCUCCUCCUGCCCCUCGGAGGAUCUAACAGUACCAGCGGCACCAACGGGAACGGUGGAGGCUGCAAUUCCGGCUCUGACGGGAAGCGUAACUCAUACAGCAGUGGUCGCAAUGCUCGUGGCAGCCAGUCCUGCUCCAUGUCAGACUCGGGGAGAAACUCGCUCUCAAGUCUCCCAACUCACAGCAGCACGGGCUACAGUUUGGCCCCCAGUGAGGGCUCCAGCUCAGGUUCUGGAUUGGGGGCCCAGUCUGAGCCUGGGCCGGGCCUCGGCCGCAACACUUCAGCUGGAAGCGGGAGUCACGGCCACAAUAACUCAGACAGUGGACGUUCUUCAUCGAGCAAGAGCACUGGCUCAGGGUCGUUGAGCGGGCGUGGGCAGCCCUUGUCUGACAGUGGGUCCUGUGGCCACUCGUCACCCCCUGUGGAGGGAUACGAAACGGUGGUGAGAGAGCUGGAGGAAAAACUAAGGGAGCGAGACCUGGAGCUGCAGCAGCUCCGGGAAAAUCUGGAUGAAAAUGAAGCUGCAAUCUGCCAGGUGUACGAAGAGAAGCAACGUCGCUGUGAAAGAGAAAUGGAAGAGUUGAGACAGAAUUGUUCAGCAAAGAUGAAACAGACCUCUCAGAAGGCUCAGAGAGCACAGCAGGUGCUGCAGUUACAGGUAUAUCAACUACAGCAAGAAAAGAAGAAGCUGCAAGAGGACUUCUCCUCUCUGCUGCAGGACAGAGAAACCCUGGAGAGGAGGUGUGCCACCAUUCAGAGGGAGCAGACUCAGCUGGGACCACGUCUGGAGGAAACCAAGUGGGAGGUGUGUCAGAAGUCAGGAGAAAUUUCCCUCCUUAAGCAGCAGCUGAAAGAGAUCCAAUCGGAGCUCAGCCAGAAAGCAGGAGACAUUGUGGUCUUGAAGGCCCAGCUGAGAGAGGCGCGGUCUGAGCUGCAGGCAAGCCAGGCUCGAUCCCAGGAGGCCCAGGCCGUCCUGCGGACAAGAACGCUGGAACUGGAAGUCUGCGAGAAUGAACUCCAGAGGCGCAAGAGCGAAGCUGAGCUGCUCCGGGAAAAAGUGAGCCGUUUGGAGGAGGAGUCGGCUCGGCUACGUGACAAUCUGUCCCAUCACAGUGGAGCGCCUCUGCCUGGAAAUGUAGCCAUGAAGGGACACUGCAUGAGCCUGUCCAUCCCGCCAGGUAGAGGCGUGACAGGAAGGGGAGGUCCAAGCCCCUCCAUGUAUCGCGAUGGAGAGGAUACGCAUGUGAUGUGGGGAGGAGAGAGCGAUGAGGCCAAGGCGCAGAGGCAGAAUGCAGAAACACUGCUGGGACUCAGACAACAGGUGGAUAGACUGAAAGCUGAGCUUAUGUACGAGAGGAGGACGAGUGAGGAGCAUCUGUCUCGGUUUGAGGAUGAGAGGAGGGUGUGGCAUGAAGAGAAGGAAAAGGUAAUCCGCUACCAAAAGCAACUGCAGCAGAACUACAUUCAUAUGUACCGUCGCAACCGCGACCUUGAGCGGGUGAUGCGGGAGCUGAGUCUGGAGCUGGAGAACAGGGACAUGGAGGAUUACGAGGUCCGCAGUGGCAGCAACGACAUCCACUUUGAGGAAAUCACUGCCACAGAGAUCUGAACGCAUACACGCACACCUACAGUAAUAUGUGCACAGACACAUGGGAACACAACUCACUAAAGUCUCUAAAGGAUGCAAACGCUGAACUCUGGGCCAAAAUACUGCGCUGUCCUUGACGUGUCGUUGCCUGGAGCACAUAAUGAGAUUUCACUAAUAGUCACUUUUAAAAGGGAUCUCCCAAAGGUGCAUUCUUGACUUCCUGCUACCAGUGAUGCACUCCAACAAUCCUUACAAGGUGUCUCCUGGUGCACUUUUAAUGUUUUAUACCACUACAAAGCCAGCACAAAAAAUGCUGCCCGUGCGGGGGGAGCAAAACCAGUGAAGAAGUCUUUCUUUAUUGGACCAUGUUCAAAUCAGGGUAUUCAAAAUUGAUGAAAUUUCAAAAAAAAAAAAUGAUGCUUUACCUGCUCAACAUGCUGUCACAAGCUUGUCUGGCUUGCAUGCAAAGUGGAGUACACAGCCUCCAGCAUGCAUGUAGUCAUUCAUCAGUACAGCAGUCAAAUCAAUGAUUAUCCAUCCAAUCUAUGAUCACGCACAACACAAACAAUCCCAAACUUGCUGUUAAGAUAUACUCGUACUAGUUCACACCACUGCUCAUUUUACAAAUCCUAAAAGUACCAGUUACUGUUUGCCUUUUUUUGGGUCAUUUUCUCAACUGUUUGGGUUGAAAAUCAAAUGUGUUUCGGCCCAUUUAUUCAGAGAAAUGUCAACGCUCAUCACCGGUGAUGUAAGAAUCUGCUGACCGUGAGAAACAUGAUUUUAUUUUGCACAACUUUCCUGCCCUCUUUUGUUUGGGAUACAACUGUUGUUCUGUGACGCAAAUAGUCAAACUUAAACAAACCAAGUUUAACAGCUCUUGCUUACAUGUGGGCAUCCUAUUCUGUCAUUUCCCAAGUCGUGGCGACACAGAAACCAGACGUUCAAUGGAAGUGCUUCAUUUGAACUCUGCUUGUGUUUUCUAGACCACCAACAGUCAACUGUGGUACUCGAUCUUUGUGUCAGCUUGUACAGACAGUAAGCUCUUAUUUAUCCUUAGGAAGCAGAGUGUAGCAUGACGGAUUUCACCAGGAUGCUGCAGAUCCCGCUCUUUCGUUGUCUUCAAGUUUUCUCCCUCUUUCUGACUCUUUCUGAACUAUUUUUAUAACAACAUCUCAGCAGUCAGUAUCAGGAACUGAAAUAGAGAAUAUUUAUAGUAUUAUAGUCUGGUUGUGAAGUCACAGAGUUUUAAGGCAUGUUUGUUCUGGGAUUCAAAUUAAUUCCCUUUCACUUCCUCUAGUGCCCUUUGUGUUGCUCAUGGCAACCCAAAUCCAAAUAACACUUUAAAGUCUUCCUAAUCCCUUCUAGACUAUAUUAUAAUCUUCACUGACUCCUAUACAGGUAGUGAGAGUGGCAUGUCUGCAUGUCUUUUUGUAUGAGAUCUAAAUAAAAAAUAAAAAACAAGAGCUGGCUCAGGUGAGGGGAGUAGUGGAGGGAGUAGCUCCAGCAGUGAAUGGUUUCGUGGCAGGUUGGCUUUUGAGGUCCUAAACAUAAACCAGUGAGGAACAUGAAAACAUUGGAAGCUGUGGGCUCCUGUUUUCUCACAGUAAAUGCAGGGCUGUGUAUAACACUGAGCAGAGCGGUAGAGAGCUGCUGAGAACUUUUAUUUUGCAAAGAGUCUAUAUCGAGGAAUAAAAGUUAAACGGAAAUCUAUAUAAUGGAGGAAAUGCUGUAUAUUUUUAUAUAUGUAUAUGUAUAGCACCUGAAGAUAUUUUGUUGUAGUACUGGUAUAAGUGUGGCUUUAAUGCACAGUCAUGUAAAAGAGGAAAAGUACAACUGUGUUCAUUUCUCAGAUUUUAUUUAACAGAAUAUAAUAAAAAAAAUAAAUCCUUCCUUAACUGGUAUUAAAAUUAUGUACAUGCAACCUCAGAUGAAAAACCCAUGACAUAUAUAUACAGUACAGAGCAAAAGUUUGGACACACUUCCCCAUUUGUUUGAAUGAGAAGGUGUGUCCAAACUUUUGAUUUGUACUGUGUAUAUAUAAGUGCACUAAUUCAGUAGCUUGUAGAACAAUUUUUAGCAUCAGAAACUUGAAAAGAUAUUUUUAUAUACAAAGUAAUACGUCUCUUACUUUCUUGUGGAGGAUUUUUUUGCACGACCUUACAAUGUUUCAUUGAGGUCUUUUGGUGGUUUAUUCAGAUCUCUCUGAGGUUCCACCACAGCAUUUCAACCAGGCUGAGGUCCAGACUUUGCAAAUAAAAAAAACGUGUUUUACAGCUGAGGAGAUGGGUUUGUGGUGAUGCGCAGAUGAUUUUUGGCAUUAUGGUCAUCUACCCCCAGUUAGUUUUUCUUAGGAAGACACACUUGUCUGACAAGUCUUGUUCAGAUGCAAACUUAAGACACAUUCUGUAUGUAACUGAAGCCUAUAGUGCAAAUGUAGCUUUUGUCUUUUUCUAAAGUUUUCUGAUGAUGGCCUUAUAACCUUUCCCAGAUUGGUGGUCAGCAACUGUUACUUCUCUAAGAUCCUUGCUAAUGUCAUUCUUUCUUUGCAUUGUGUUAGCACUCAUCCAUCUGAACAGUUCAAACAUACUGCUAAAAUGCCAGAGCGUCUGCUCUUGCAUAAAUGAUCAAACCUGCUGAUAAUCAGUUAAUGAAGUGCGUUUGAUUGACAGAAACUGGCUGUUAUUACUGAUACAGGCAAUUUACUAUAUUUCUCUCACGCUGUUUCUGCAUCUUGGUUUGACUUUUGUAUUAAUAAUAACAGGUUGUAAUAUGUCACAUGUUGUUGUUGUUCACCCGAGGUUGAAUUUGAUUCAUUUUAAACACCGGAUAAUCAUUUAUUUUUUAUUAUGUUCUGUAACAUCUUAGAAUUGUAACAGGUUGUACUUCCUUUUUCACAUGACUGUAAAUCACAUACCAAUUUUUUUUUUUUUUUAUACCAUCUUAUGGAUCAAUUACAAAUGGAGGCAUCAGCAUACAAAGUGUGCACCUAAUACUGUGAUGCAUGACAAGUUAAUGUUUACAUUAAAUAAUCUGUAUGGAAAACUGUACGUUUUAAUGACCAAAUGUCCUAAAAAGCAGGUGAUGAAACUAAGAGGCGCUUUUAGGGUUUGCUCAUUUUUGGGCCUGUUGUCUCUCCAUUUUGAUUGAUUUUCAGUUAAAUAUCAGACCAAUUCACAUCAAUAUUGUUGGAUUAAUGUCGUUUUGAAAGACAUCUUCAUUAAGGUGAUUUGAACUGUCAUAACUGAGGCAAGCCAAGAAAGUGUUUUUACAUUCAGUUGCACUUGAUCAGUACAACUAAUUUGGUUCUAUGUUACUUGAUAUUACUACAUUCACUGUGGAUUAAGACUUAAUGAGUGUUACAAGCCGUGGGAAGUGUUAGUUUGUCCAACCACAUUUACUUUAACCAGACGUAGACUGUUACUCACCACAAGAUGCACAUUAACAACAAGCACAGAUGUUGCAAGAGAGACAGGCUCAUGAAGCUUAAAAGUUCUGCUUCCUUGUCUUCCUUAUAUCUCAGUUCUUGUCAAGACUUGCAUAAAUGUUUCCAGUGUAAAUAUGUAAAACACGAAAGUAACAUGGUAUUUUAUUUAGGCAAAGUAUCUAUUUCAAAUGUAGCCACUGUGACUAGACCAAAGCAACGUAACACAUUUCUUUUUGUGGCAUUUUACAUCUUGUUGUGUUUGCUUCUUUUUUUAUAUAUAAAUAUAUAUAAUUUUAUUUA